AUGGGGAAAAUAUUCGAUCUCAAAAUCUUUUUCCAUGGGUUUCUUCUACGCGGUGGUUAUGACUACGUCUUCUCGCCUUUGUUUCGGUUUGAUUGGAGUGAUUGGGCUUUAUUUCAGGGAUUUAGGAGUCUGGUCUUCUGGGAUCUGCGGGCAACAUCUGCGGGAUUCUCAGUUUCCUUUUUGGGCGGCUCAGUGGAUUGGUUUCGGGUUCGCGUAUCUGGAUAUCAAGGCUGUUUUUAUUGUGGAAUUGCGUUUUCUUCUCCUCUUGGGUUUGUAGCAGUUACUGAUGGUUUGUUUAGGUCUUCUGAGGCUCAUUAUAAAUUGGUCUCCAGUCCUGUGGAUAUCCUUCAUCCUCUAUCGCUUUCUCUCAAUUCCUUUUCAAAGUAUCAGUGGCGUUUGAAGAGGGUUUUACCGGGCCUUAUCUCUGAGACUCAAUCGGCCUUUGUCCCCGGACGGCUGAUUUCAGAUAAUAUACUGAUUGCUCAGGAGAUGUUUCACGGGUUACGUACAAACCCGUCUUGUAAAGGGAAAUUUAUGGCGAUUAAAACCGAUAUGAGUAAGGCAUAUGAUAGGGUUGAGUGGGCUUUUGUUGAGGAGAUCCUUCGGAAAAUGGGGUUUGCGGAAACAUGGAUUUCUUGGAUUAUGUUCUGUGUCACUUCGGUUGAGUACAGAGUUCUUUUGAAUGGCCAACCAAAUGGAUUGAUAGUCCCGGAGAGGGGUUUACGCCAGGGAGAUCCUUUAUCUCCUUAUUUAUUUAUUUUAUGCACGGAAGUUUUAGUAGCUAAUAUCCGGAAAGCGGAGAUGGAUAAACUUAUUACAGGGAUAAAAGUAGCGAAUAAAUGCCCGCCAAUAACGCACUUGUUGUUCGCAGAUGAUAGUCUAUUUUUCUGCAAGGUUGAUAAGGAUCAAUGUAAGGUUAUUUUGGAUAUCUUAAAACAGUACGAAUCGGUUUCGGGACAGCAAAUAAAUUUUGCAAAAUCUUCAUUACAGUUUGGUCACAAGGUUGAUGAGGUUACAAAAGCAGAGAUGCAGGGGGUCCUUGGGAUUACAAAUUUGGGUGGCAUGGGCUCAUAUCUCGGUUUACCGGAGAGUUUGGGUGGGGCUAAAACGAAGGUUUUCGCCUUUGUCCGGGAUAGGAUGCAGAGUAGGACGAAUGGUUGGACAGCAAAACUGCUUUCAAAAGGGGGAAGGGAGGUGAUGAUAAAAUCGGUGGCGACUGCUGUUCCAACGUUUGUGAUGUCUUGUUUUCGAUUACCGAAGACAAUUACAUCCAAACUCACGAGUGCAGUGGCUAACUUUUGGUGGAGCUCUAAUGGUCAGACGGGAGGCAUGCAUUGGCUUGCUUGGGACAAAUUAUGUGUUAGUAAGCAGUUGGGAGGGCUAGGAUUCAGGAACAUAGACGAUUUUAACUCGGCUCUGUUGGCAAAACAAUUAUGGCGACUGAUUGAGGUUCCGGACUCACUCUUUGCUAGGGUUUUUAAAAGACUUAUUAAAAGGGUUGGCACCGGGGAAUCCAUCUCAGUAUGGAAUGACCCCUGGAUACCAGCUCAAUUCCCGAGACCAGCUUUAUGCACGGGCCCGCAUAUGGACCCCAAUCUAACCGUGACUCAAUUAAUUGAUCGUCGAACAAAUACUUGGCGUUUGGACUUGCUCAAUGAGCUUUUCGAUCCGACGGAUGUUGAAUUGAUAAGGGCGAUACCUUUACGUAGCAUUCAAAAUGCUGACCAGUUCGGUUGGCAUUUUACAAAAACGGGAAAGUAUACGGUGAAGUCUGGUUAUCACUUGGCCCGUCAGGAAGUUCCUCGGACUUUUCAGGCUUCUGGAUGUGGUCCAGAGAUUACUUCCCUACUGGCUAGUGUUUGGAGGGUUCCUUGUUCACCAAAAAUUCAACAUUUUAUGUGGCAAGUCUUAUCAGGGUGUAUCCCGGUGGCGGCGAAUUUGGCACGGCGGGGCAUUGCGUGCGAUCCGGGAUGUGUCCGGUGUGGUGCUGAGGAGGAAACAAUAAAUCAUGCCAUUUUUGUUUGUCCUCCAGCUCGCCAGGUUUCAACGUUUCCCUGGCUUAUGUGGUAUAUUUGGAAAGCUCGGAAUGCACGGGUCUAUGAAAAUAUUGACGAGCGGCCCGAGGAAAUUGUUUUGGUCGCGGAAGGUGAGGCUAUGACAUGGCAACAGGCGCAGGUGGAGGGUGAUAUUAUGGUUUUGACCUCAGCCGUAAACGCACCAGAGCCCGGUCAGAGGAGGCCCGCCGUAAAUCUUCCAACAUCUUUUACGGGGUAUCGCUGUUUCGUAGAUGGAUCUUGGAAACCGAGUGACCCGCUUGCUGGUGCAGGAUGGGUUUGUUCAUCGGUCCAGGACCCAACGCUGAUAAAAGGAGCUACUAAUUUUCGACGAAGUCUCUCUCCCUUGCAUGCUGAAGUAGAAGCUUUCAUUUGGGCAAUGCGGUGUAUGAUCGGACAUGACUUCAGAGAUGUGGCGUUCUACACAGACUGUUCAGACUUGGUGAAGAUGGUGUCUUCUCCUUCGGACUGGCCAGCUUUCUCGGCGUACCUAGACGACAUCAAGGUAGACAGGACAGAAUUCUCGACUUUCUCCCUAUCUUUUAUUUCUAGAAACGCAAAUGUAAGUGCGGACUCUCUGGCACGCCAAGCGCGUACCUCUCCGCAUCAUGUUUUGUAUGUAAACAAUUUUCCACCAAAUUGGCUCGUUUGAG